AAUUUCAACUGCUUUGCAUACUUUUAAUUUUCUUAAUUCAAUUUAGUUUUUUUUACGAUUCUAAUUGUUACUCUUUUAGAGUUUUGUUUAUGUAUAUUAUUGAAAGUUUGUUCGAAUGAAGGGAAAUGGAGUAACGCCAGCGACUACCAGCACAAUGAAAGUUGGAAAACCCUUUCAUUAUCCUUUAGAAAAGGAAGCAUAUUAUCUCUUUAAAUCGUAUGUGAUUUCAGCGCCGAUGUCAAUGCCAGAGAUCGUUGGAAGAACAAUUGUAUCCCAAUUUUAUUGAUGUGAUGCAAUGGUUAACCAAGAGAAACCUGCUUGAAAUGAUUGUUGCAACAUGCUCCGACGGAUUGAGCUGAAAUUGACACUUAGUCAGUAAUGCACUUUUCUGGAGAUGCAAUCUACAGAUGCAAACUAUAACUUUUUCUAGAGAUAAAGCACCAUGUCCACUGGAUCAGGCCUUGUCCUUCUGCCGCACUUACCGUUGGACCGAACCAGAAACGAGCGCUUUGGUGGCACUGAAGGCUAAAGCUGGUAUUGCAAAGGGAAAACAUACCAAGGUAGUUUUGGAAUGUUGGUCGCGGGGACAGAAGUUUUGGCGGUUUCAUAUUCGAAAGAGAUGUUAUUGCAAUGUCUUUAGCUUUGAAAGACGAUGUUGGGAUAUGGAAGGUGCAGGUUACAUAGGAGAUGACAAGGCAAUUGUUGAGACAUUGGAUUUAGAGGGAUGGUUGGAAAUCGGAGAUGUUUGUUAUUUUGUCUCUGAUGGUUUUCUAUUCAUUAUAGAUAGAUUGAAGGAAUUGGUCAAAUACAAAAUAGAAGAGAAAAAUCUUUGGUGCUGCUUAUUCAGAAUUUUGUCAAGCUUUUUGUCUGCUCUAAUGUGA